CGUGAUGCUGUUUCUGCGCGCCGGCCCCGGCCUCGGUGUUGUGAAGGUGACAGAGGCUGGUGACCGUGCUGGCCGCCGCGAUGCUGGUGGCUCGGCGGCUGCUCGGCGGGGCACUCCCCGCGCGGGGGUCUGUGCGAUUCAGCAGCGAUACGGCGGCGCCCAAGAAAACCUCCUUUGGCUCGCUCAGGGACGAAGACCGCAUCUUCACCAACCUGUACGGACGCCAUGACUGGAGGUUGAAAGGCGCUCAGAGCCGGGGUGACUGGUACAAGACCAAGGAGAUUCUGUUGAAGGGACCUGACUGGAUCCUAGGCGAGAUCAAGACGUCAGGUCUGCGGGGUCGUGGCGGGGCCGGCUUUCCCACGGGCCUCAAGUGGAGCUUCAUGAACAAGCCCUCGGAUGGCAGGCCCAAGUACCUGGUGGUGAACGCGGACGAGGGGGAGCCGGGCACCUGCAAGGACCGGGAGAUCAUGCGCCACGACCCUCACAAGCUGGUGGAGGGCUGCCUGGUUGGGGGGCGCGCCAUGGGCGCCCGAGCCGCCUACAUCUACAUCCGGGGGGAGUUCUACAACGAGGCCUCCAAUCUGCAGGUGGCCAUCCGUGAGGCCUACGAGGCCGGCCUGAUUGGCAAGAACGCCUGUGGUUCCGGCUACGACUUUGACGUGUUUGUGGUGCGCGGGGCCGGGGCCUACAUCUGCGGGGAGGAGACAGCGCUCAUCGAAUCCAUUGAGGGCAAGCAGGGCAAGCCGCGCCUGAAGCCACCCUUCCCUGCAGAUGUGGGAGUGUUUGGCUGCCCCACGACUGUGGCCAACGUGGAGACGGUGGCUGUGUCCCCAACCAUCUGCCGCCGCGGCGGUGCCUGGUUUGCGGGCUUCGGCCGAGAGCGCAACUCGGGAACCAAGCUCUUUAACAUCUCCGGCCACGUGAAUCACCCAUGCACGGUGGAGGAGGAGAUGUCAGUGCCUCUCAAAGAACUGAUUGAGAAGCAUGCUGGCGGUGUCACAGGUGGCUGGGACAACCUGCUUGCCGUGAUCCCCGGCGGCUCGUCCACCCCACUGAUCCCCAAGUCCGUGUGUGAGACCGUGCUGAUGGACUUCGACGCGCUGGUGCAGGCGCAGACGGGCCUGGGCACGGCCGCCGUGAUUGUCAUGGACCGCUCGACGGACAUCGUCAAGGCCAUCGCUCGCCUCAUUGAGUUCUACAAGCACGAGAGCUGUGGCCAGUGCACCCCGUGCCGCGAGGGUGUGGACUGGAUGAACAAGGUCAUGGCCCGCUUCGUGAGGGGCGAGGCCCGGCCGGCCGAGAUCGACUCCCUGUGGGAGAUCAGCAAGCAGAUAGAGGGCCACACCAUCUGUGCCCUGGGCGAUGGGGCCGCCUGGCCCGUGCAGGGCCUGAUCCGCCACUUCCGGCCAGAACUCGAGGAGCGCAUGCAACGGUUUGCCCAGCAGCAGCAGGCGCGGCAGGCCACUGCCUGAGCCGGGAGCCCGGCCUGCGUGUCCCUGUCCCUCAAAUAAAGCAGGUGCUGCCCACUCUGCCA